AUGGCCCCUAAGGCAAGCGGCGGCGCCGGGAACAAAUCAGCGCAAGACUACGUGACCGGCCUGUGGCUUCGUGGUGCAACCGAGGCAGAAGUCCGUCAACAGCUCAAGGACGACGGCUACAAAGCAGGGCGCAUCUCACAGCUCAUCAAGGCGACGCGGCCCGCAGAUGGACAGGCGGGCGGCGCCGUCGUUGCAGUGCCGAAGGUGAUGGCAAGGCCAGCUGCCGCCGACCACGUUGUUGCUGCUGCGAAGAAGCCGGCAGCCUCGAGCAGCGCUGCAGCUCCAGAGGCGGGGAAGCACGGUGUAGCGAAAGGUUGGGUGUGUAGCAUGCCGAUGAGACCGAAGAGGAGAGAAGACGGCGACAGCACAGACGACGCCGAGUCCAACCAGAGCGAUGAGGACCUCAACGUGCACAACUUCAUCGCUGAGUUGGAGGCCGCAUGGGAGGCGGACGGCAGGAACCACGCAGAGCUGGACCACAUGGACGGCAUGGAAGCGCAAUCCGCCCCGCCAGAUGGCGAGGAAUGCGCUGAUGUGGAGGAGCCGGAGGAGAACUUGCAGAUUCCUGAUGGUGAGGAGGACAGCAGCGAUGAAGAAGCAGAAGGACCACAAGACACGCCAGUGGCAUCGGAGGCCGAGGGGCCCCAAGUUGCAGCGCUCAAGCGGCAAAGGCGUUACCCGCCACCGCCAGGGCCGGGCGCCAUGCGGCUCAUUGGCAAGCAGCCGCCGCCGGCUGCGUACCUUCAAGCCGGCUUGCCACCGGUGGACCUCCGUGUGCUCAAGAGGCCUGCCAUGCUGAAGCGGCCUGCUGCCGCCAGGAGCCCGCGCCCAAGCGAGCAAUGCGAAGGUUAUCAAGGCACGGCCUGCCAAUUCAACCCCUUGCAUCCCGGAGAAGCAGCACGCGUGCAACCAAGCAGAGGCAUCCGACAGUGUAUAUUCUGCGCGGGCGAGCGCUUGCAGGAAGCACAUGCAGCACGGAGGGCAAAUCGGAUCACAACGGCCUUGCGCAAGUUCCAGACCGCAGACCGCGGUGUCUUCGACGCGGCCCUGGAGCGCGUGCAGCAGUUUCUGGGGGAAGCGGUGGCAAAGGAGUACCGCAAGAAGGCUGAGCCCAAGGAAGCAUGGGAGCGGCCCCUGCAACACAGGCAGUUCGUGGGUAGGGAACUCAAGGAGAAGGAGAAGGUGGAGUACGACGCCCUGGUGCGCAGAGACCAACGGGUGCCACGAAGAAAGUUCUUCUUCCCGGAGAAGCUGCUUGCCCGGGCAGGUGAGGAGGCGGAGGCUGCGGAGAAGGCGGCUGUGCAAGAAGCCUGCGGUGAGGUCGGGCACGUGGCCCCCAACGACACGGACCUGCCCCGCCCAUCCGACGACAAGGGGAAGAUGAUCGAGAAUUGGUGCAAGCACGGCUCCUGGGGCAUGUGCGUGAAGUGCCAUAGCAUGUGCCCGAGAAGAUUAGAACCGAUGGAUUUGAAGAGGGUCAAGCCGGCAACCAUACCAGCACGCCAGUGCAUCGCCUGCAAAAAUGGUGACUACGUGCCUCAACCUGAACAUGUACCAGUUCCCCUUCGAAACUUGAAGCCGCGGGUGCUGGAAGCCUUGCGGCCCUUGGAGAUUGACAUCGGCACCGUGGAGAGAGUCCCCAACGGAUACAGGGUGCACAAUGCCAUGAUAGCCUUUGCUUGGAAGAAACGAGAUGUGGAAACAGAGAUAGCAGCUUUGCGGAAGAGGGGCGACCGAAGGGCAGCACGGGAAGCCUUCGAAUUUCUCCUGGGCAGCGAGGACAGUGCCUACAAGAAGAUCCUCGAGGAGCACCAGGAGUUCCUGAACAAGUUCGGCAGCCGCGCACCGCUGAAGAAGCGCAAGCGGCCCCUGCGGUUCAUCGAAACGGAAGGUGCAAGACCGCCGCCGAGACGAGCAGCAGACACCAGCAGCGAAGAGCAAGACAUGGAAGAGGCUGAAGACGAUGGGGAGUUCGAUCCCCAGGACGCAGGAGGAGCAGACCCGAACAUCGUGGCAGCAGAACAGGGCCGCAUCAGGAAAUGCUUCCUUCGCAAAGUUCUUUCGCCGGUCAUUGGCUACGGCGCGGACUACGACUUGCUUCACUUCGUGUUCGACCUCUCUAUGUGGACCACUAUAGGAACAAAGAAGAACCUAGCGGCUCGCACUGGCGUGGCGCUCCGCCACCUCCUCAAAGGAUCUCCUUGGACCCCGCAAUACUGGCGGGUGCAACACCAGGCCGUGCUGGACAUGCAGAGGCAAUGUGGCAAUGCGUCGCUCUUCCGCACCAGGGCACCAUACGAGCGAUCUUUCCCUUACCACGAGUGGGUCAUGCACGAGCAGGCAACGCUGGGGCGCCCUCGCCAGCACCUCGCUGGCGCAGAGACUUUGCACAUGGCCCACGUCUUGCUGCAGUUGGACAAGGGCUACAUCUGUGGCGACAUGUACAACAACGAUCGGGCAGGCAGGAAUUGGAAGGGGCACCUGCUCGGCCCGGAGGACGAGGAAAGCGACCUCAAGACCGUGAUGGCACAUGUAACCCGCUUGGAGUUCCAAGACGGGAAGAGGAAACCCGCCAGCCAGCGAUACCAUGGCAAAGGCACGGUCCACAGCCACUCGUUGGACUUCUUGGAGAAUGUGGAAGCAAUUGGGUUGGAGAUGAAGAUCCAGGCGACCAUUCCCUCCAAAGAGACAGAGCCCUUCUUGCAUGGACUUGUGAUGGACGGUCAGCAAGAUUACAAGGAUUCCAAGUUGCCCGUUCGCACAGAAGCCUCCGCGUGGGAUCCCGCUGCCGGGGCUGUCGCGCUGCACCACACCGAGGAGGACAAGGCGGCCCACAUACGAGCAUACCUGAAGCCAACCAUGGAGAUCACAAAGUGCCACGAAGAUGUUCAACAGGGCGGGGGAACUGACAGCCGAAACGGCGCCCAUUUGCACUAUGUGGCAACCUACAACAUGAAGUUCAGCAGCAGCAUGGACUCUGAAUGGUUAAAUGGAGAAGGGUCGGAUUACAGCACUGCCGUUGGCGUCCUUCGCCGCGUUCGAAUGCUGGAGCCGGAAAUGUGGAUGACGCUGUCCGGGGACCUCUUUCCCCAAGCACAGCUGAGUGGCUCCAUGCGAGACAUCAUGGCCCCCAACUUCGACAAUAUGGAGAAAAAGCCCAAGUAUGUGGAGGUCUACGAGCAAUCGGAGUGGCGCAGGGACGACAUGACCCUGUUGGAAUUCUUGCGCAAGUCCAAUAACGAAGGGAAGAUCAUCAAAUACAUCGUGGAGAAGCACAAGAUCCAGCUCAUGGAAGAGGUGCGACAGCAGCGCGGAGAAGACGAGGGGGCUUUCGCAAAGCUCCGCAAGGAGAUGUUGAGCGCUUGGUACCAGGACAAGAAGGCUUGCAAGGAGAACGAGGAAGAGCCGGCAGCCUUCGCGGAUUUCCUGGCAGAUGAGUAUGGCUACAAUGACCUCACCCCGUUGGAGGCCUUUGCGAACAGUUACAAGACGCGCGGGGAGAAGCUCAUUGCCGCCGGCACAAAUUCGAUGCUGAACGACCGGUACUACGCCCAAUGGUUAGCAUUGAAUAGGCCCUUUCGGAAGCUGGAGGAUUUCCAGGACAAGGCCCCAGAGGCGAUGGAGAAGGUGAAUGAAAAGUAUCGAAACUUCGUGCUCUGCCUGCAUCAUGCUCCUGACUUCUGGAACAACGACGAUGUCAUUCGAUCCGCAAUGGAGUUGGAAGCCCACAACAAGGCCUUCGUCGAGACCAUCUUGAACAAGGUCCGAGCGCAGCGCCACAUCGUCAAGCGCUACCUGGAAGGAGAUAUUCCCGUGGACGCCGAGGUGACCAGUUCAGCCGACUCCGCCGCGAGCGCCAUCCGCGAGCACGGGCGCGUAGAGAAGCACAAAUUGACCCGGUCCCAGAAGCGGCUGAAGGAGAAGAUGUCCCAGCAGAUGGAAACUGCCCUUGCUGCCUGCCAAGCGCAAACAGACGAGGAGUUGGAGAGUUGCAUUGCCAAGGCAGCGGAGCACAAGAUCCUUUUCGCCAGCGGCCCGCCGGGCACCGGGAAGACGCACGUCAUCCAUGAGCAAGUGCGUAAAUGGAAGCGCCAAGGGGCACGAAUUCUGUUCGCUCUACCCACCGGGCAACUGGCUUCAGAAGUACGCAGCGUACAUCCAGACGUGGACGUCGACACAUCCCACGGAGCCUUCCUACUGCACAAACCACUCCAGGAGGCAAUGGCAAUCCUCACUCAGUACGAGCUGGUGGUUAUCGAUGAGGUGUCCAUGCUGACAGCAGCCCACUUUGAACGCAUUCUAGCAAUGUGGAAGUACGCAGAUCAACUUGCGUGCCUUGUUCUCCUUGGUGAUUUUUGGCAGCUGCCAGUGGUUGACAAGGCAGCGGUCCGUUGUGAGGAAAGCCAGGCAUGGCAGCCCCACGUGCAAACAAUCCGCUUUCACGAACAGGUGCGGUGCAAGUGCCACAAGCUGCAACAGAAGCUGAACAUCCUGCGGACGGAGCAACCGAGCAUGAAGCAUCUCAAGAAGAAAAUCCUCAGGGACCAUCGGGCCUGGAAGACAAAUGACCCCACGGCCUACGACAUCCUGGAUCUGUUCCGCAGCCACGAGAACACCACGAUUGUCACCUGCAGCCGGCCGGCCUGUGCCAAAGCCAAUGCCUUGGCCUUGGAAGCAUUCUUCGAACACAGGCACAAGAGGCCCAUCGGAAACCUCCUCUUCGACUAUGAAGCCAACUUAGACAACUACGACCCGGCAACCAACCAGUUGAAGAGUGGCCGUCUUGCAGGGGCUGCCACGGAUGUCUACGAAGGCAUGCGCGUCUUCCUCACCAAGAACAUGGACAAACAACACGAUUUCGUGAACGGAAUGAGCGCCACCGUGGAAGCCUUUGAUGACAGAAGCAAAUGUCUGGAGGUGCUGACGCGCACGGGCCAGAGAUUGGCAGUCCACAUGGUCAGCCAGGAGCUCGAUGGUGGCAGGCACGUCACCUGCUUCCCGGUGCGCUUGGGCUACGCGUGCACCAUCCCAAAGAUUCAGGGCAUGACGCUCCCCCAUGUGACCAUUUGGCUGGAUUCCAUAGCCUGCAGGGCUGCGGCAUAUGUGGCCAUGUCCCGCGUGCAGAGGGACGAAGAGUACCUCAUCGCCGGUGGCCCGCUUACGCCGAAGCACUUUGUGCCUGCGCAGUGA